UGUUUGUGUAAUGCUGCAUCUUCCAGCCACUCGGACGAAUAGGUAGGUAUGUACGGAUUAUGUACAGCAGACGUAUUGUUUUGUAAUCCCUACCUGGCAGGACAUGAGAUGCAUACGUGCUCCAUCAUCAUCUAUGACAUCACGCAGGUUAGCCGCACCCUUUCUUUAACGUCGCUUAAUUACUGCAAUUGCCGAGUGAACCAUGAUUAUCAUAUCACCUGGGACAACGCAAGCGCAUGUAUUAUAAUUACAACAUACGCCGAGCAGCUAACUCAACACGAUAUUGCCCUCUCGCGACUGCAGUUGGAGGCCGGGAAAAAAGAUGACGACGACGACAAGAUCAGCGGCCAAGAACCAGGACAAACAACCCUCGGGAGCACGUCUCGCCGAGGAAGCGGAGCCAGGAACCAAGCACAAGACGGAGCCCGAGGAACACACCAAACCGCCCAGUCCCAAGCGGGCCAAGAAGGAGGAGGACAAGGACGAGGGGGGAAAGGAAGAGGCUGAGGGCGAAAGCAAGAGUCAGGGGGAGAGGCCGCAAGCCCACGACGACACCCCAUCGAGCAUCCUGGAGAAGGGCGUCAUCUACUUCUUCUUCCGCGGCCGCGUCAACGUCGACGACCCGUCAUCCGUCUCCGACAUUGCCCGCACCUACAUUCUGCUGCGGCCGAUCGACCGCCACGCCGAUCUGAAGUGGGGCCGCGGCGACGAGGGCGACGAGGGCGACCAGAGCGGCGAGAAGGAGGGGGGCGCGCCCCUCGGGGAGGCGGCCAAGGCCCGGCUGCUGCUGGUGCCCAAGAAAACGCUACCGCGUACGGGGCGGGACCGCUGGGUGGCCUUCGUCGAGAAGGCGGGCGCCUCGCUUGACCAGCUGCGCGACGAGUUCCUGGCCCCGUCGGGCGACUACGAGACCAAGACGGCCGGCACCCGCCACGUGCCCGCCGCCACCCCCGUCGCCGAGGGCGUCUACGCCAUCACCACCACCGGCCGCGCCAGCCAUCUCGUCUACCUGUUGACCCUGCCCCAUCCCGACAGCGGCAGCGGCAGCAGCGACAGCCAGCCGGGCGAGAUCCAGCGCGAGCUCGGCCUCAAGGAGCGCGGAAGUUUCAUCAUCAGCACCAAGAACCCAGAGUACCCCGGCCCGGCCAACGCCCGCUUGCCCAAGGGGCCCGACUAUCCCAAGGAGCUGCUCGAGGAGUUCCGCUCUCUCCGCUGGGUUCCGACGCAGCCGAAGCACCUGGACUAUGUAAACACGCAGUUCUUGCUGAUUGGAGAGUCGUCGGGAACGGACAAGGCGCUGGAACCGCAGAAGGAGGACCAGGAGGAGGGCAAGGCCGAGCCUGCCGAGGAGAUGGAGAUGCUCGAGGAGGAGGACGAGAAGAGAAUGAAAAGCCUGGCCGACGACGAUGCAGGCCGCAUCUACACCGACUUGCAGGCCGAAGCCAAGAACUAUCCAAAGCUGCUGACUACCUUCCCAUGACUGAUAAUCAAUCGAGAUUCGACAGUUUGAACCAGCAAGCCGAUGAAAGGGGACCUCUGCUGCUAUUAAUAGGCACAACAGCAAAUCGUUAUGAAUUGACCAAUAUUAGGUCGAUGCAUGAAUGAAAGAUCAAGCAACCAGAUGGUAGUAAACCACCCUGAUCAGCUGUGA